GGUAAAAUCUAUAACCUCUCCCCAGAUACAAGUCUACUGUCUUAGCCCGUGCGUGUAUUGUUGACGUCGUCGGCUUAACCACGACCAGUGGUUCACACACGUAGCCUUCCAGGCCGCCUUUAGCUCCACACCGCUUUAUGGAAGUCAUCAAACAGCAGCGCUGUGGGCGUCAUGCUCAGCCAAUAAAUCAAAGACGCAAGGUUACCCCCCCAUUGGCAUUGUUUAAGAGGUCAUCUGCGGUCGUCGCCGAGGAGAAGCCCAAGUCGGCAAAGGGCGCCAGGAAGACACCUGCACCUGAGGAAAACGUAAAAGCAAAGCAAGGCGCUUUCUCCCAGGCGCUCAAUGCACUCGACUUCACCUCCACUCGCAGUCAGGCGGAUGCGGAGCUGCUGUACGAGGCCAAGUACGGCAAGCGGGGGGCGGACGGCAAGAUGACGCCGGAGCAGUACAAGGCUCUACGAAGAAAGGUGAUUGGGACCGCCCAGGACUUUUGGAAGGACUGGGUGGAAGAGGAACAGGUCAAGACUAUUAAGACGUACUACAAGCCGGAUGACGCGGGCGGUACGGUGCCGUACCUGGAAGUCCUUAUAGGGGUGGUGGUGGCCGUGCUAGCCACCACGGUGUGGGUGGUAAUUAAGACAAGCAGCUGAGCUGACCACGUUGGGACUGUGUGAAGGGGCAUGAGCUGAGUGCAGAGCGAGGGAGAGGCAAUGAUCUGGUUAACCUUAUUGGAGUGGGUUUCGCAGUUUAAUGGUUUUAUUCCGCUGGGGACGUUGCGUUUCAUUUAAUCGAGUAACUGGACAAGUGCCUGGGUGCAUCCUGUGACUUUUGGCUGUCGACUUGGCUGCGGAUGAAGGGAGAUCUAUCAUUUGCUCGUCCGUUGGCAGGGAAGAUUUCCAUUUUCAUUUCUACAAGCUUGCGGUGACAGAUGGCGCCCUAACCGUAGAAGCCCCCGUGAUUGUCAUGGAGUACUGAGACUUUAUUGCGCAUGCGGCUUGAAACUCCGCAUUGCCCUCCACGAGUGUUGUUAUUUAGCUGCUGCCAUCUGACCUAGUUCAGAGUACAGAUGGACUGCGCGGGCGGCUAUGCUACCGGUUGUUGCAUGUACGGACGGACGGGAUUUUACCUGAGGCCUACCCGGCUACGGCCCUUCACCCUUUGUACAGCGAAGCAUCGUCGAAAGAGGUAAAGAGGGAGCUGACCUGUCGCUAGCUGAGGUUCCUUGUCGUGUUGCACCAGUGCUAAUCGACGGACGGACGUAGACAUGGAAACGGCGUGUGCAUCGCCACGUGUAAAGGAUUAAGAAAUCUUGUCACAGGUGUCACAUUUAGAUACGGU